CCUGAUUCCCAGGACGCCACGCCACUCAGCUGUCAGUGUAGUGCCGCGGCUGGCGGGGUCGCUGGCGCCAGCAGUGACUGGUGCUGGUGUCCAGGCGCCCUUCGCCCUUCACCUCCAGCCCGUGAGCCUUAGCCCUGCGGCGUGGGGCGCCUGGCAGCACCGCCGGCCGAGGCCAGGUCCUGCUCUUUCCCUCCGGAGGUGCUGAUGCUGGCGUCUGCUGGGAGGAGGCUGCUCAGGGCUCUGCUGCAGGCUCACAAGCGGCCCCUGCAACCCUCCAGAGACAUGAGACUGGUGCAGUUCCAGGCCCCUCACCUGGCAGGGCCUCGCCUAGGCCUGGAGUCAGAGAGUGGCGGGGGAGUCAUCGACCUCAACGCCUUUGACCCCACACUCCCCAAGACCAUGAUGCAGUUCCUGGAGCAGGGAGAGGCUACCCUGUCGGUGGCAAGAAGAGCCCUGGCUGCCCAGCUGCCAGUCCUGCCGCGGUCAGAGGUGACCUUCCUGGCCCCUGUCACAAGGCCAGACAAAGUGGUGUGUGUGGGCAUGAAUUACGUGGAUCACUGCAAAGAGCAGAACGUGCCUGUGCCCAAGGAGCCCAUCAUCUUCAGCAAGUUCGGCAGCUCCAUCGUGGGGCCCUAUGACGAGGUCGUGCUCCCGCCCGAGAGCCAGGAGGUGGACUGGGAGGUGGAGCUGGCCGUGAUCAUUGGGAAGAAAGGCAAACACAUCAAGGCCACGGAUGCUAUGGCUUACGUGGCCGGCUUCACCGUGGCUCAAGAUGUGAGUGCUCGUGACUGGCAAAUGAGACGCAACGGAAAGCAGUGGCUACUGGGAAAAACCUUUGACACCUUCUGCCCCCUGGGCCCUGCCUUGGUGACCAAGGACAGUGUGGCAGACCCACACAACUUGAAGAUCAGCUGCCGUGUCAAUGGGGAGGUGGUCCAGAGCAGCAGCACCAGCCAGAUGGUGUUUAAGACGGAAGAGCUGAUAGCCUGGGUCUCCCAGUUCGUCACUCUUUAUCCAGGGGACGUCAUCCUGACCGGGACCCCCCCAGGUGUUGGUGUGUUCAGGAAGCCUCCCGUCUUUCUCAAGAAGGGAGACGAAGUCCGGUGUGAGAUUGAAGGACUUGGUGUCAUUGUCAACAAGGUGGUGUGAUGGGGCACAUAGGAUGGGGCUGCCACUGCCACUCAGCACAGCACCGGGGAAAGCCCAGUGCCAGCCGUGGGCUCCUGCCAGCUGCCUCAAGCUGCUACGUGGAAAGGAGGAAGAUCGAGCUCUCAAUAAAUCUGUCCUGCC